AUAUUUUAAAGAUUAAUUUAUUAAAUAUUAUAGAAAAAAUGGUAGGAAGAGCGUGCUGUAUUAUUGAAUGUAGUUCAGGGAAAAAAGCACCAUCACAUAGAUUUCCAAAAAAAAUCGAACGUAGAAUGCAAUGGUUCCUAAAUUUACGAAUAACACCUGUGUUAGAAGAAAAGGAAAUAGAAAAAAUGCGAGUUUGUUAUAAACAUUUUCGUGAAAGUGAUUAUAAUAAUACUCUCAUAAAACGUUCUUUACUAGGUUUACUUUACUGCAGUUCCUUCUAUAUAUGUGGACGAGGACAAUGUAAAACAUAUUGCAACAAGUACAGACUUUCCACAAAAUAUAUCUGAAAUGAAAGAGACAGAAAAUAGUGAAGAAAGAAGAAAUAAUGAAGAAUUGCAAAGCUGUGAAAAAUUACAAAAUUGCAAUGAAUUAGAAAACAGUAACGAAUGCUCUGUGCAACUCACUGAUCUCAAUAUGACAUCUCAAAGCACAAGUAAAAAUACAAAUUGUUCUGCUCAUAUUUCUUCCUGCAAAGAGCAAUGUCAUGUGUUGGAAGUUCGAAUGGAUGAACAAAUGAAAUUAAUGCAAGAACAAAAUGAGAAAAUAGAAAAAAUAAAACAGCGACUACAACAACAACAAAAAAAGAUUAAUAUGAUACAGCAUCAACGUAGGAGAUCUGAACUCGGAGAAAUCACAAGAAAAAAUGCAUUAUCUCCAAAGGCCAGUAGAUUGUAUGAAAAAAUAGUACAAUUAAAGAAAAGUAAAAGACGUUUGACAUAUGUAGUCAACCAAAUGAAAGAGAAAAAAAAAUCACUAACAUUAAGUACGACUGACAAAAAAGGAAGAAUCGGUAAAAAUGCAUCUGUGCGACAACAAUUUAUAGAUAUGGUAUUGAGAAAUAAUAAUGUACCAUCACAGGCAAGACGUUACACAGAACAGGACAAAAUGUUUUGCAUCAACAUUUAUCGCAGAUCACGUUCUGCAUACAAUUUUUUAGAAAAAUAUCUAUUAUGUCCAUCUAGUACCACUUUAGAUAAUCAAUUUAAAAAGAUUAAUAUUAAUACUGGAUGUAACAAUAUUAUUUCGAAAUAUCUAAAACAAGUCGCCAAAGAGAUCAGUGAUAUAAAAGAUUUAUAUUGUAUUGUAAUUUGGGACGAAAUGUCCUUACAACCUGCCGUACAAUAUAACGAAAAAGAAGACAAAAUUAUUGGUUUUGAGGAUUGGGGAACGAGACGAAUACGUAAAUUCGCUGAUCAUGCGAUUGUGUUUUAUAUGAGAUGUCUCACGCGUGGCACUCAUAUGCCUAUUGGUUACGGCUUUUGUAACAAUACAACCAAUACAGUUCAACUUUUAAGAUGUAAGAUCAAAGAAUGGUUGACGAUAAUCAUAAAAUCCGGUUUCAAACCAAUCGGAACUGUAUGCGAUCAAGGAAGCUCUAAUAUUGCAGCUAUAAAUUAUUUAAUUCAGGAAACCAAUCAUAAACGAUAAGAAUAAAAAAACCCAAAAAUACUUUUGUAGUCAAAGAACAAGAGAUUGUUCCGCUUUAUGAUUAUGUUCACCUCCAAAAAGGAGUACGUAAUAAUUUAUUAACAAAAGAUCUUCUUGACAAAUACAAGAAAAAAGACGAUAAAAUGUUUGCGUCUUGGACUCAUAUUAUAAUAUCAUAUGAAAUAGAUAAACAUUCACUUUUAAGACAAAGACAGAUGCCAAAAUUAAGUGAUGAACAUAUUUUUAUGGAUAUAAUUCCAAAAAUGAAAGUAAAAUAUGCGACUCAAGUCCUUAGCCACACGGUAGCAAAUUUCAUGGACAUUAUAUUGAGUUUGAAUCAAGGUGUUGUCAAUACUAAAAAAGGCCAAAUACAAUUACCUGUAGAUGCCGUCGCAACAUCAGAAAUUAUAUUAUUUUUCGACGAUCUUUUCGAUUCCUUUAAUGGGAAAAAAGAUAAAAUACUUUCCAGCAUUAUAAGUAUUACAAGUGAACAUCUUAUUUUUUGGCAAGAAGCAUGUAACAAACUUCGACGUAUGGAAUUUGUCGAAAAAAUAAAUCAUAUUUCUCUGCGAAGAAAUGCCCCAAAAUGCUUGCACAAUUGGAUCUGGACUAUUAAUGGCGCAAAACUAUUAUGGAAUAUGCUCUAUAAUGUCGGAUUUUCACAUUUAAAUUUAAAAUAUAUCAAUCAAGAUCCUAUUGAAAACUGUUUUAGGCAAAUAAGAGAUAAUGGUCAUAGGAACAUAAAUCCGUCUCCGUAUCAAUUUGGUGCUUGUUUUAAGACUUUAAUUACGACAAAUUUGACAUCCCGACAUUCGCUUUCAUCUAAUUGUGAAGGAAAUGAGGAAAAUUCAUCGCUAGCUUUAUUAAAUAUGUUCUCUGUUGAUGAAAUUACAAUUUCAGAGGAAGAGAAACAUAUUGAAUGUACAGAAGCUGCAAUAUCAGAAACAACUGAUACACAUUUAUUUAUAGACGCGCAGAAAAUAUUACAAAAUAUUAUAUAAAUAUUACAAAAUAUUAUAUAAAUAUUACAAAAUAUUAUGCGUUAUGAAUUACUAAGAAAAUGCACAGAAUGUGAACAAAUGAUAAAUAGCCAGCUCAUUUUAGAAAUCAUCAAAAAAUCAAUUGAUAUUUUAGAAAUAAGAUUUUCUUAUAUUUGCCAUGAAACGAAAAUUUUAAACAAAUUAAUACAUAUGUUAAACACAGAAAUAUUGUUGAUGCCGACGCAUUGUAUCAAUCUUAAGAAUAUUAUGAGCAAAGAAAUAGCAAAAUA